GCGGCGGCGGCGGCGGCGGGGCCCGGGGCCGGGUUCGGGGCCGGGGCCGGGUCCGAGGCCGGCGGACGAUGGCGAACGUGGGGCUGCAGUUCCUGGCGAGCGCGGGCGACGCCGACCCGCAGAGCCGGCCCGUGCUGCUGCUCGGCCGCUUGCACCACCUGCUCCGCCUGCCCUGGAGCCGCCUCCGCGGGAAGCUGCAGCCGAGGGUCGGAGAGGAGCUCUGGCAGGCCGCUCUGAGCACGCUGAACCCCAACCCCACCGACAGCUGCCCCCUCUACCUCAACUGCGCCACCGUGGCCGCCCUGCCCGCCCGGGUGAGCCGUCACAACAGCCCCGCUGCCGCGCACUUCGUCACCAGGCUGGUGAGGUCCUGCCUGCCGCCCGGGACCCAUCGCUGCAUCCUGAUGGUCUGUGAACGGGCUGACGCCUUUGCAUCCGCCUGCGCCCUGGCCCGGGCCUUCCCACUCUUCACACACCGCUCGGGCGCAGCCCGCCGGACAGAGAAAAAGACCGUGAUCGUGGAGUUUCUCCUGGUGGGCCAGGAUGAGGAUCCCCUGGAUGCAGCCACACUGCAGUGCUUGGUGAGUGCCACGGAGGGGGUUCGGCUGGCUGCCCGCAUCGUCGACACACCCUGCAGCGAGAUGAACACUGAUGCCUUCCUGGAGGAGAUCAAGAAAGUGGGCCAGGAACUGGGCAUCGUCCCCACCAUCAUCCGGGACGAGGAGCUGAGGUCCCGGGGCUUUGGAGGGAUCUAUGGUGUGGGCAAGGCUGCCGUCCACCCCCCGGCUCUGGCCGUCCUCAGCUACACGCCGGAGGAAGCCACGCAGACCAUCGCCUGGGUGGGCAAAGGCAUCGUGUAUGACACGGGAGGCCUAAGCAUCAAAGGGAAGACCACCAUGCCUGGGAUGAAGAGGGAUUGUGGGGGAGCAGCGGCUGUACUGGGGGCCUUCAGGGCUGCUAUCAAGCAGGGUUUCAAGGACAACCUCCAUGCCGUGUUCUGCCUGGCCGAGAACUCCGUCGGUCCCAAUGCCACGCGGCCUGAUGACAUUCACACGUUGUACUCAGGAAAGACUGUGGAGAUUAACAACACGGAUGCUGAGGGCCGGCUGGUGCUAGCUGAUGGGGUCUCUUAUGCCGCUAAGGACCUGGGUGCUGACAUCAUUCUGGACAUGGCCACGCUGACUGGAGCUCAGGGCAUUGCCACCGGAAAGUACCAUGCCGCGGUGCUGACCAACUGUCCCAAGUGGGAGGCGGCGUGCGUGAAGGCGGGCAAGAAAUGUGGGGACCUGGUGCACCCCCUCGUUUACUGCCCUGAGCUUCACUUCAGCGAGUUCAACUCCGCCGUGGCCGACAUGAAGAACUCAGUGGCGGAUCGGGACAACAGCCCCAGCUCCUGUGCUGGCCUCUUCGUUGCCUCCCACCUUGGCUUCGACUGGCCUGGGAUCUGGGUCCAUGUGGACAUCGCGGCGCCCGUGCAUGCCGGCGAGCGGGCCACAGGCUUCGGCGUCGCGCUCCUGCUGGCACUCUUUGGCCGCGCCUCCGAGGACCCUCUGCUGAACCUGGUGUCCCCCCUGGGCUGCGCGGAGGACAUCCCUGAUGGAGACGUGGGAAGGGACACCAAGAGACGCCGACUGGUGUGAGGCCCGCCAGGCGUCUGGGCCAGGAGAUGAGACCCUGUGGGGCCUUGGG